UUCCAAAUGAUAUGUGUGGUCCAACCAAAGUUUUCUUCUGUUUCUUAGUACUAAAAACUACAUUAAACCAUCACUGGAUUUAUGGGUCUCCUGAAUACGAUUUUAAUUCUACCUUCAUUGGGUAUCUCGAAUUUACAAAGUAUGUAACGUCUGAAAUUAUUAGAGAAAAUAAAUUAAAUAGAUCUAAAAUACGCAUGGAUGGCACUAACUUUAUGAAUACCUUAGCAAUGAAUCAAUUUGGAGAAUUAAAAUAUACGAAAGGUCGAAGAGCAAAAAGAGAACUAAGAAACAAGUUUCCUCUCUCAAGGUGGGGAAAAAUAUUAAUUAUGGAGAAAAUAAUGAGAGGCGAUUACGACGAUGACGGCGGUAGAGACUAUGAUGAUGAUAAUGAUGACACUACGAACCCAACGGAGGAAACAAACGUGACAACAAACACGAAAGAGACAACGGAAACUUCAGUCACGAAUGCAACAAACACGGAUGAAAUUGAGAUUAUGACAACAAGCACGCCAGAGACAACGGAAAUUACUACAGAAACGACAACCACAAAAACAAAAAGAACAUUUCCAAGGCAAUUGCUUGGCUGUUAUGAUGUUAUAAAGCCAUGCAUUAGUGUUUGCCACGCAAUUUUCAGGACUUUCUGCAAUGAAUUUGGCUGUACCGACAAAUUGAAAAUUAAUCAUAAGUUAGAUUGUACCAGAUUAUGUUAUAAACAAUUUCGAAAUGCACGUAUCACAAAAUCUCGUAAAUCGACUGUUAGAAGAGCGUUGGAGUCACUGAGACUGGACAAUAAUAAUAGGGAUGGUUAUUACGACUAUGAUGUAGAAGAAUCAACAAAUCCGUACUCUUUGGAUGAUACAUACUUUGAGUAUUCAAAAUCAGACGCACUUUUUUAUCGAAAAUCGGCCAUUGAAGACGUUGAAGAUUUUGUAACUGACAAAAUGGAUGACUACGACUUUGAAUAUCUGGGAUAUACUCCAUAUGAUGAACAUUUUCCUUUUGAGAAGUUAACAACACAAUAUUGAUGAACAAUUCUAAAGUUGGCAGACUAAAGGAGAGGCCACUUCUAGCUGCAUGCAAAGCUAAAGCGCAGGCCACACGGCGAGCAAAGCUAAGCUAAGCUUUAGCUCACAUAGCUGUGGCAUGUUUUCAUACAUCUGCUGAAACCGUGAAUUAAGCUAACUGAGCUAAGGUUGCAUUGUUGGUUACAUGCACCUACGAGAGCUUUUUUUUUAUUAAAAUAAAAUAAAUAAAAUGACAGACACCUAAAUGGUCCAUAGAUUGUUAGUAAACAAAACCCUUAAUAACUAUGUUAGUAUAGUAAUAAUAAUGAACAGCAGAUACACUACUGUCGGCUCGAUCACCGAGGCGCACGUGUAGCGGGCAGCUCGUUGAACCUGCCUAGCACAGCACUGUCCAGACAUCGCGCGACAACUUGCAGGAGACUGUUGGCGCUUCCCCGCAUUCUGCGUAUUAAUGAGCGCAAAAAAGCCGUCUUUGUGCGCAGCAGCAAACAUACCUGACGCACUGCAGUGACGAGGAAACCCCACCAUCAACCGGAACAGGUUGUUAUACAAUAUGCGCAGGGCGCUGUACGAUCUUUGUGUAUAACGAGUCCAUAGACUGCUGGUGUAGAACGUUUGGCAAUAUGCCUUGAAAAGCGUGACCUUGACAUCAAGUGAACAACCAGCAAAUCUCCGAGCCAGCAUAUUCCCCCUUACAGACAGCGCCAUGCGUUUUUUUUUCUAUAUCGCUUUCAUCUUUUAGAUCUUCGUUCACAAUGUGCCCAGGGUACUUAAACCGCGCAACUCUUUGCAAUGGCGAACCAUUGAGGUACACAGGAGGGACUGAGCCAGGAGGUCUGUUUCUGCCUUUAAAUACCACGAGCUCACUCUUUUUGGAGUUGUACUUCAGACCAUGUUUUUCAGCAUAAGCCUCACAAAUAGCCACUAAUUUACGCAAACUGCCAACUGUGGGCCCCAGCAGCACCAUGUCAUCGGCGUAACUUAUAUUAUUAAAGCAUACAUGCUCUGUGUGGCAUCCGACAUAGGUGCUGCCAAGCUCUCUGAUUAGCUGGUCUACAUAAAUAUUAAAGAGUCUAGGAGAGGUUAACCCCCCCUGCCUUACCUCGCACUCGAGUCUAUAUUGAUCAGGUAAUACAUUGGCCCAUUUUAAAUUAUUCGUCUGAUUUUGGUACCAAUACGACAAAAUACUAACCAGUUCGGCAGGGACACCCGCCCUCUCGAGCUUUUCCUACAGUACAUCGUACGACACAAGAUCAAAAGCUUUAGAGAGGUCCAGGAAACAAGCGUACACGGGGGUCUUUCGAUCUAGGUAGUAUUUGCCAGUAUCGCACUCUCAGUGGACAACCCCGCCCGGAAGCCAAGCUGGGCAUCGUGUAGCCUGGUGUGUUCACCAAGACGACAGUCAAGCACACUAUCAAACACCUUGGCUAUCACAGUAGCAAGAGAUAUGGGUCUGUAAUUUCCCUUGUCCGUUAUAUCUCCUGUCCCAUUCUUUACAAUCCGUACAACUACGGUUUGCAUUAAAUUUUGUGGUAUGUACGAAUGCCCUAGGCAUAGGUUGAAUAGCAAAGUUAAUACUCGCGGAAGGUGUGCGCCCGGAUGCUGCAGAUGCUCGAUGCUGAGCCCGUCGUGACCAGGCGACUUUCCUCUUUUCAUAAUACUAAUAUUUUCAUAAUAAUUACCCGAGGGAAUCUGCGUACAGAUACCCUGGCCUUACGGGGGCAUAACCGGGGUUAUGUGGGACUGGGCUGAACCCUGAAGGGGAGCAACCCGACCGCACCAAAACCCCGGGGUGUUCCUCCUCUCCACUGCAGGCCGCCCAGCGCAGCCCUCCCUGAAAAGGGAGACACAACGGUCCCCUGACUCCAAAUGUAAGGCUCGCCGAACGCCAGACGAGACUUGCAUCUUGCAACUCCCCCGAGUCUGCUACCUAGGCCAUGGCCAUGGGGCCAGGACAACAUCCCCUCAACUGUGAUGUUCAGAGGAUGCUCACACAGCCCCCGCGGCGGAUCUGUUGGUAGGCUCCGCCGCAACACCUUACGUGCAUCCACGUGGACUCUCCGUAGAGAGACCUUUGGAGCACCCACCCCACGGGCCAAUCGCCCAUAUUCCGCCGCGGAGGACAGAACGAGCGACAACGACACAAGGAGACUCUUCCCCCGCGGCCCCACCGCCACUGCAUCUGCACCCUAAGCGGUGCAGCCCCGCCAGAGUCGCGGAGGAUAGGACGAGCGGCAACCCAUUUUAGGGGGCAACUACAUGAGCUAAGCUAACUUAACUUUAGCUCACGUAGCCGUGACAUGUUUUCAUAGAUCUGUGAAUUGAGAACCUCCUAACGUGAGCUUAAGUUAACUUAACUUCGCUCGCGGUGUGGCUUGCACUUAAGAUAAGAAAAUACGGGGUCUUAAUGAAGUGCUGCCACUAAACGCUAGUCUUUGCCUGCACGGGGGUGAAUGGCGAUAGAGUUUACUUAACUCAGGAUCGUUGGGUAGUGUUAGCCCACAUAGUUCAGUUUGCUCGG